AGCGGUGGGGCAGGGAGCGCCGCCGGCCGCUCUGCCGCCAUGUCGUUGCUCUGCUACAACCGGGGCUGCGGCCAGCGCUUCGACCCCGAAACCAACACGGAGGAUUCAUGCACGUAUCAUCCAGGUGUGCCAGUCUUUCAUGAUGCGCUCAAAGGUUGGUCAUGUUGUAAGAGAAGAACAACAGACUUUUCUGACUUCUUAAGCAUUGUGGGCUGUACAAAGGGUCUCCAUAACAGUGAGAAACCUCCUGAGCCUGUUAAACCAGAAGUCAAAACUACCUCUGAACGCAAGGAGCUAGCUGAACUGAAACCCAAAUUUCAAGAACACAUAAUUCAGGCACCAAAACCAUUGGAAACAAUUAAAAGGCCAAGCCCGGACGAGCCAAUGACAAAUUUGCAGCUGAAAGUGUCGGCUUCCUUGAAGCAAGCACUAGAUAAACUGAAACUGUCAUCAGAAAACGAAGAGAAAAAAGAGGAAGACAGUGAUGAAAUCAAGAUUGGGACGGCAUGUAAAAAUGCAGGCUGUUCAAAAACAUACGAAGGACCACACAGCACAGAAGAAGUAUGUAUAUACCAUUCUGGUGUACCUAUAUUCCAUGAAGGGAUGAAGUAUUGGAGCUGUUGUAAAAGAAAAACAUCUGACUUCAAUACAUUUUUAGCUCAAGAAGGCUGCACAACAGGAACACACGUAUGGACUAAAAAGGAUGCGGGAAAGAAAGUAGUUCCAUGCAGGCAUGAUUGGCACCAGACUGGAGGAGAAGUGACUAUUUCUGUAUAUGCUAAAAACUCUGUUCCUGAUCUGAGUUACGUAGAAGCAAAUAGCACAAUGUUAAAUAUCCAUAUUGUAUUUGAAGGGGAAAAGGAAUUUCAUCGCAGUGUGAAAUUAUGGGGAGUAAUCGAUGUAAAGAGAAGCUAUGUGAAUAUGACGGCUACAAAGAUUGAGCUUACCAUGAGAAAAGCAGAGCCCCUAUUAUGGGCAAGUCUUGAAUUACCGGUAUCCAACACACAACAAAAAAAAGAUAAUUCAGAUCAAUAAUGAUUCCAAGAGACAAGUUAUUUCUCAUUACGAAGUGGUGACUUGCUACUGUAAACAAAUAUUUAACUUUUAUAUAGAUUCAUUUUUUUUAUGCUAGAUCAUAUGUUCCAUUCUACAACAAAAUUUGAUGCACAGUAAAUGGGGGUGUAAACUUGAAGGGUAAUAGCUAUUUCUGCUCUUGCGCCCAUGAAUAUAUUUAUUCUAGUUGGAAUGUCUCCAUGGGGAUUUAGAGUAAAAGAGCUAUUGCCCUUCGCUUACAACCUUAUCUGCCAUGCACUGACUGUCCAAAUAGAUGUGUUUUCAGUCCACCGUGUGUGUUAAUUUUUCAAAUGUUCAGUUUAGACUGGAUCUACUGGGUAGCACAUGAUAAAUUCAGCACUGUUCAUUAUGAAGCAUACAGUAAUACAGAUACAAAAAUCUGAGAUUAUGAAGUGAUUAACAUGCAUUUCUACAUCUAGAAUAAAAAGGUACAUAAACAUAAAAGAACACUUGUAGACUUGCAUUUUUGUCUUCUGAAACUAAGGUUUGUUUCAAUACCUGUUGGCUGUGGAGGGAUGGAAUAAAAGGUAUUUUGCUAAGGAUUUCAGUACUUGCUGACUCUUUUGCUGUCUUUCAUGUGUAAAAGCAGGAGAUCAGAUGAAAGUAAAAACAAAGUUGACAGAGGGGAUUUUGGUUUUUUUUACUCCUGUACCUUUGGUAUUUGAAUUGUUAGAUAUAAAAGUGAAAGAACAGUGAAAUGGCUGAAUAACUUAGCAUCUCGGCUGUGGAGAAUAUACAAACAGCAGACUAUUGUAAAAUUACCAAGGUACUGUGUAUAUUUGACAGUCUUUAGAAUGUAUAUUCUUCCCUAGUCAACAACAUUCAAAACUAUGAAUCUUUUUGCAAAUUAGGUGGAUAUGUGUAGUAGGAGAAGCCAAUAGACACUGUAGGUGUCUCAGGAAAAUUAUUUCCAUGUAGAUAUGCAUAGCUCUUGUUUCUGAGGAUGGUAAUCUAAGAACUAAAUUUAUCUACAGGACAAGUCUUACGAGAAACAAACAAGCUUUAAAAUGUCUGUCUCAAAUCAUAAUUGUACCUUUGUAUUAAAAUAUUUUAAAAAUAUUAUUUCUUGUGAACAGCAUAAGUAAAACACUGUAAUUAGAAAUCAAAACCUUGUUUUUGUUUUCAGUUCUUCAUCAGUAAAGAUUUGUGGCUGAAAACAGGAUAGUUUUAAAGAUGAGACUUUUAUCCAAGCAGUGACUCAUGCAGUAAUGUUGCUUUCUCCAAGCAGCAACUUAUGCAGUAAUGUUGUUUUCUCUUCUGCUUGAAAUAGUUUAAUUUUUGGCUUGCAGCUGAAAGAAGAACAAUGUUUUUGUAUGUAAGUCAUGCAAAAUGUACACCAUUAUUUAUUGUGCCAAAACUUAUAUAUGUAAACAAGCAGUCCUGUGGACUGUUGAAAUGUGUGGAUGCUCAUCUACCUACCUUGGCAGGCCUAGGAUAACGCCAAGA